AUGUAUCUCUGGCUGACACAGAUCUUAUUGCUUCUCUCUUCCUUGUUCCCGAACCAUUGGUCAUCUGGCCGACCCAAGCCUUCCCUUCUCAGUGCCAGUACUCACGACUAUGUAACGAAUAUAGUUGAGCGAUAUGGAAUAGCAGGUAUGGCAGUGACUCUCGUAGCUCGAGAUUCUCAACAUUCCGAAGAGUGGUCAGAAGAACAAAUGACGUAUGGAGUUGCCAACGUCCAACGAGACCCUGUGACCCAACAUUCUCUUUUCGGAAUAGCUUCCAACUCCAAACUCUUCACCGCAAUAGCGAUAGGGAUGUUAAUUCAAGAAAACACAACUCUGCCAUCUGGAAUUCCCUUAAGAUGGGAUACCAAAAUUACUGACAUCCUUCCACAUUUCAAGCUUCAAGAUCCGAUCGCAUCACGUUAUGCUACCCUGGAAGACUUCAUGAGCAUGCGUUCUGGUCUAGGCACCAAUGACUAUGUUAUAGAUUUUUCAUCGUCUGAAGAUAUCGUCAACAGAUUACGAUACAUACGUCCUUCUGCCCCAUUUCGUCAAGCAUCGCAAUAUUCAAACCUCGCUUAUCUCCUAGCAUCCCAUAUAAUUCAUCUCGUCACUGGACAAGACUUCCACGAGUUCGUUGAGAAAAAGAUCUUCAAAUCAUUCGGUCUAAAUGAGACGUAUUACAAUAUCACUCAAGCUCGCCAAACUGGUGAUUUGACGGACAUGCAUUUAAGAAUUAAUAAAAGAAGUCAUCGCUGUGCGGAACAGCUGAUGAAUCUUCAGAUUAUUCCACGUGUUUGCUUAGGGACACCUGAAUCGAUCGGUUGGUCGGCUGAACAUAAUGAUAUCAACCUUGACGGGUAUAUCGACGUUAUCUCAUCUCCACAUGAUAUGGCUAAAUGGCUUCGUACUCUUCUCAACCCCCCUACCUCCCUGGGCCCAAUCAUACAACACACAAUCUCAAAUAUCAGUCUACCUACCGGUAUUCCUGGAUAUCCCGAACUCGGUAUAGCUUCAUACGGUAUGGGUCAAUUCGCUUUCACGUAUCGUUCCCACCAAGUAUACGGUCACACAGGUGGAUUGGCAGGUGGUAAAAGUUUGAUCAUCCGAUUACCUCCAAAUCUAGGUAUUUCUAUUCUCAUCAAUGACGAUAUAGGUGUGGGGCCUAUGUGGGUUAUAUUAUUCUCUAUCUUGGAUGAUCUUUUAGACCUGCCUACGAUCAAUUGGGAGGAGAGAAUUAUGAGGAAUCAAUUGAUUGGGACACAACGAUAUCCAGAGCCGCCAUUUCAUCUUCCUACCCCUGAAAAACCCACUUUUCGUCGGUCGGAUAAACCAGUGAAUCAUGUUGAUUUUCAAGUGGAAGGGAGGUAUACGAAUCCUGCAUUUGGAACAAUCGACUUGACUUUGUUGAAGAAGUUCAGGUCUAUCUUAAGUUUCGUAGCUGAGGAAGUAAACUUGGAUAUUGAUUCUUCCGCUUUCAUCGCAAAGUUCAUCACGACCGAAACGACUCAUUUGGUCCUCGUGCAUCGGGAUGGAGCAUUGUACGAUUGGAUCAGUGUAUGGAUACGAGACCUUGUCCCUACUUAUCCCAAACUGUCAUCAGUGUCAUCGAAGGAUCAGGACAGACGAGAGGGAAAAGAGACAAAGGAGAAAGAUGAGGAGGAUGAUAACGGGCAUAAGUUGGGGGGUAAGACGCAAGAGGGGGGGAAGGUGGCCACGUUGAUCAUGGGUCAAGGACAAACAGUCUUUACACCAGAUGGAAUGGGUAUGUUUGGUGGAUGGUCCGGACCUGGUCCUCUUGUCAAACCUAAACAAGCUGUUCUAGAUCAUGUAGAGCAAGAGGCAGAAGCAUGGUUUGAGAGGUGUUGA